UGUAAAACCAAAUCAGUACGUAGGAGACAAGUGGUGAAGCAACAUGGACUCCUAUUGUCUCUACACUAUUGCUUUCAUCUUAGUAUUAAUUUUUGUGAUCUACAAAUAUCUCGCUCGAAAUAAUGGCUACUGGAAAUGUAAAGGUAUUCCGGAAGCCAGAGGAGCAAUCCUGGGCAUCGGCCACAUAUUGGAUCAAGUUCUACUUCGAAAGAAUAUGGGAAUGAUGACGGAAGUUUUCUACAAAGAUCAUCCCGACGAUAGCAUGGUAGGAAUCUACGUAGCCCAGAAUCCCGUUCUCGUGGUAAGAGAUCCAGAUUUGGUGAAAUUCGUAUUGAGCACAGGAUUCGGCUACUUCAGUGACAAUAUAACCCUCGUAAAAAAGAAUGAUCCCCUCCUGUUUCAUGAUCCAUUUUUCCAAAAUGGACAAGCCUGGAAGGACAAACGGGGGAUAUUCGUGAGUGCAUUUUCGUCAAAGAAAUUGAAGGACAGAAUCUUUCAGAUUAGUACCACUUGUGAAAAAUUAAUAACUUAUCUGAAGGAAAAAUCUAGCAAAACCGGCUCUAUUGAAUUGGAAGUGAAGGAGUUGUUUGAGAAAUAUACCCUGGAAGUUGCAGCUAGUUCGAUACUUAGCAUCGAUAAUCACAUUUUCCUUGAUAAAAUUGAAAAGAACUCCCUCUCGAGUAUGAUGAAAACAAUGUUUCAUGUAACGAGUGCGAUCGGUCUCAAGCAGAAUUUUGUAUUGCUGUUGCCUGCAUUGGGGCAGUUCUUGCCCAUCAAUUUUGUUCCCAAAUGGGUAAAUAUCGCCUUUCAAAAAAUGAUCAGUGAUAUCAAAUCAAUAAGGAGUCAAGAAAUGAUUCAGAGGAACGACAUUUUGCAACAUAUUUCGGAUUAUCUGAAGGAGAAGGGCAUGGAUGGUGAUGAGUUAGCUGCUCACGCUUUCAGUUUUGUCAUUGAACAGUUCGAGACAUCCAGUGUGACACUUGCUCUCAUGUCUUAUUUCGCUGCUAAGUACCCGAAGGUCCAAGAGAAGAUGAGAAAGGAGGUGGAGGAGAUCUUGGAGAAGCAUGGGAGCAUUUGCUCGUAUGAAGCCAUCAAUGACUUGACAUAUAUCGAACAAGUUGCGAAAGAGUCUCUAAGGUUGUUCACGCCAGUAGGACGAAUGGUGAGAUUCUGCUCUAAACCCGUAACUUUGGAGGGUCCGGACGGCCUUACCUGCACCCUCAAGCCGGGUGCAGAGGUCCAUAUUCCGGUAUCAGGGCUACAUAAGGACCCGCAAUACUGGAGGAACCCGGAUGAAUUCAUGCCAGAGAGAUUCGACAAGGAGCAUGAGGAGCUGAGACACAAAUUUGUGUACUUGGCCUUUGGCGAAGGUCCUCGCAUGUGCCCGGGUAUGAGGAUGGGUCUUCUGCAGGUUAAGGCGGCCAUGGCUGCGGUUUUGAAGAAUUUUGUUAUUGAAAAAUCGGAGAGGAUGGCUGACCCGGCUCAGCUCGAUCCUAGAUACUUUAUGGUAGCAAUUUACGGAGGCAUCUGGGUUCGUUUGAGGCCACGUCCGUGACUUUAUUGACUGCAAGUGGCUUCAUUUAGAUUAAUGUAGUCUUAUUACUUAUUACUAGGAGAUGUGUUAUUGAAUAAACCUCGUUUUUCUUCUGAAUGUAUUGUCUUAUCUGACUUUCUGAAAUUUUUUAGUUGAAUCAAGGAUUAAAUUGUGAGGGGAUUGAAACUCUUUUCAAUUCGCAAGUUCAGCGAAUUUUUUCUUAUCGAUAGCACGUUUUUUUUGUAUCCAAACAUGUCAACGGAUAUGAGAGAAAAUUAAAAAAAAAGCAUUUAAUCGUAA